GACCGUGGUCCGCGCGGACGGCCUGAGGCUGCGGCGUGGGGCGUGGGGAGGGAGGCUUCGGGUUCGCUCGGGGCCCUCUCACGCCGCCCCUCCUCCCCCGCCACCCCGGCGGGGGCCGAGUCGACACCGAAUGGGGGCGCCUCUGGAGGGCCCCGAGCGAACGCGCAGGAAGUGCGGCGUUUUGGGGGGAAGCCGCGCUCGCCGCGGGGUCUCCGUCCUCGUAGGCGCCGAGGCGGCUCUACCGCUUCUCGGAGGCUCUCCUGGAACAAAGCAGCUUCACGGAGGCAGGAAGGACCGGGCCGCAGGCGCAGGAAUCCCGCCGGGAAGAACGCAUCAGAGCCCGUCGGAGCCUCAGAAGAGAAAGACGGAAGAAACGCGGAAAAGAAGCAAAGGGGGGCAGGGCUCCGGGAUUUCACCGCAUUCAGAUGCUCGAUUCUUUCCAGAAGCUGGGCAGCUUUCACCGCGUCGGGCCUGUGGAGGUACGCCUUCCCAGGUUUUGAUGCUCUUCCGAGUACAACGGAAAAUGAACAAAUCGCGGAAAUGCGCUGGUCUGGGAUCCGUGUCGUUCAAGGACGUGACUGUGGACUUUACCCGGGAUGAGUGGCUACAACUGACAGGCACACAGAGGACGCUGUACCGGGACGUGAUGCUGGAGAACUACAGCCACCUGGUCUCAGUGGGGUGUCGCCUCACCAAACCAGAGGUGAUCUUCAAGUUGGAGCAAGGAGAAGAGCUGUGGCCAUCAAGGGGAGAAUCCCCAGAUCAGGGUGAUCAAGACAGAAGCCAGGAAAACCAAGAUAAAUGUUUGUGGCGAGUUUCACUCAUUAACAAAAAAUCUCUGACUAAGAAGAGAGAUAAUGUUUGCAGAAAAGCACCCUGGCAUCUAGGCAAAGAUGAUCAGUGGAUGCCAGGAUCAUUUGACACAAAGGAAACUGGGAGUUUGUGCAGUGCGAGAGAAUCUCCCACAGACAUCUUCCUCACUGACCCUGUGAAAGGCAGCCUGCAAAGCUGGCAGUUAGCUGGGCCACAACUGGUGGACUGUACAGUCUUCUCUGGGGAGCCUGGAUGGACAGUGCCACCAAGCUCACUGACCUGGAACAAAGAAGCGGGUGACUUGGGGGCCUCCGAGGGGAUAGGGCCUUGGUGUUAAAACUACGUCUUCAUUUUGAUCCACGUGAGAAGGAGUCAGUAAGCCACCGCUUCACUAACUCGAGGAGGAUACAGAAUAUUGGGAGAUCUCACGUGUCCACGGCCAGGAAGGGUCUGCCUUCUGCUCAGCCCCUGGAAACCCCUCUCAGAGUUCAUGAUCUGCUCACACCCCAAAUUAUGAGGUCACUGGUACAACACCCAGGAGCUCCUGCCCCCCAACUCACCCCCAAGUCUUUCAGUCCCCCCUUCAGUCCUUACUACAGCACAAGGAGGCUCAAGUCCCUCUAGUGCUUUCUUUAUGAACUCGGGCCUGUGUUACCUUACACACUUGCCAGGGACAGUUAAAAACUUUUCAUAUAUUGUAUUCCAUCAAGUCUAAAACCAUGAUUUUACGUGCCUCUAGAGAAGAAAAACAGUGGCAUUAAAGAACAUGCCACUGAUCUUACUUUCAGAGAUGUAAUAAUAUGAGAGCAUGGACAUGUUUGAAACUGAACAGAUCACACUGCUCCAUCAUCAGAGAGGCAGUCCGGGACCACUUAUGUGUACCAGGCUCUUUCAUGCAUAGGUACUCGGUAAGAAGAAUGUGGUGAACCAUUGAAACUUUUUGAGUAUUUUACUUAAAAUGCAUACUGUGUAUUUAAAGCUAUAAUGACAAACUACGGUGGGAAUCUUUGUAGGUAUCAUUUCCACAAAUACACCAUGAGUAUAUUUUCCUACACAAAACUAUACAACCUACCAGACUUUUCAUUCCUGCUAUGUAGCAUAGUCACGAUUAUCUAGAAGAAUGUGGAGGGAAAGUGCUAAGCAACAAAAACAGGUGGCACGAGUGAUUGAAAUACACAGAAAAUAUGGCAUUUCAUCUCAGCCGUAAGGGGUCAAUUAUUCAAAUAGAGGCUAUUCGGCUAAUCACUGGAAAGCAAAGGUCCUUACCCUCCACACCUAUGUUGUCAACUCACACUAUAGCGAUGAUCCAUGGAUAACAUAAAUUAACCUAAACAAAAUUUGUCAUGCAUUGUAAAAAGGAAGGUAUACCUGACACUUUAUCAGGCUCUAAAGGUUCUUAGGUCAAUGAUGUAACAAUUCAAGGAAACGUACAUUUAAUUGUUUCAAGUUGAUUUGUAGUGCUCAAACUAUUUACAUCCAAAUUUACAGAAAGUUAAGAUAAAGCUCUCUAUCAGUACUUACUUCUAAAUAGAUGAUUUACCUAAAGUCCACUUCUCAAUUGCAUAAUUCCUACAAAGGUAUAACUUUGUAUCUUCAGUUAUGGCUAACAGAGCAACCAAAAUCAACUGGCAUAAAAGUAAAUUUAGUCUACUACAGAAGAGACAGUCCAGAGGUGGCCCAGCUACAUGGCUGGUUGGUUCAGUGGCUCAACGUCAUCAUCUAGGUCCCAGGUUCUCCUGAUAUUUCUGCUCGGCCAUGCUUAAAUUAUAAUCCGUAUUUGAAAGACACAACCAGACAUCCCAUGCAGAGAAGGCAACGUUCGACAGAAGACUCUACUUCACCCUGCAUGAUUCAUCCCUCGAAUCUUUGAAGGAAUGUUUUCCAGAGAUAACCUGUCAGAUCUCUCCUUUGUUCAUCUGCACAGAACUGGGUCCUGUGACCACUCUAAACCAAUGGCUGGCAAUGAGAAAAGGAUUACCAUUAUUAACUGAAACUAGUCAGGAUCUAUCCCUCAUUCCAUGAGGAGGAAUGGAUACCCAAACUCCGCCAGCAAACAGUAACAAGUGAGUGACGAGGGUCGUUCACCAACGUCUGCCACAAACCCGUAUGAAGAGUUCUUCAUUCAGGAAGGAGUAGAGCACAAUAUUUAAAAACAUUAUUGUAUCAAGUAAAAAUACGGAUAAUUACUAAGUUACACAGUAUAUGUGCUCUGCGCACUUACACAUAUGUAGGCAUCCGAACUAAAAAAAUAAUAGAACAGAUCGAAAAAAAAAAAUUAGUACAAAUGGAAAUACUUUAAGUCUUUCUGUUUAACUGUAGAGAAUGCAACGAGUGCUAUAGGAAACUUACUACUGGAAACUUCUGGCAUUAACAAAAUUAUCUAUAUGGUUUUCUAUUUUAUGCAUAGAUUUCUAUCUCUUGCUGACUCAGGUAAAGUUGAACACAUUACAAAAACAUUAGCUUCUUUAUAGACGAUUUAGUUCAUUGACAGGGAAGAGUGGGAGAAGCAGUGUACUUCAUACACGAUCAGAUACGAGUUCAGUGACAGUAUUAGGGUACUAACGUGGUGGAGCAGUUUCAAAUGGAUAAUCUUACCAUGUCUUACAAAUUAUUCUACUAAGGUUACAAUGGCUUUUCAAACAUGAUUCAAAUGAACAUACAAUUCCUGUAAUGGAGCAUCCUAAAAACAAGUGGACAAACUUAAAAACUCCUCAAAAACGUAAGUCCUACAUUCCCAGGAACACUCACGUAUGAGCGUCAGUUGUGAUGCUACAGUCUUGAUCACUACCUGCUGAUCUGACAGCUUCUGUUUGCACAAGUAUCUUUACUCACAACAGUUAUUCAAGUUCCAAGAAGCUUGUUACUACAUCACAAACAUUUAAUAUUAAUAAUUUCCAAAGGAGUAUGUUUUCCACCUUCGUUAAAUUGAGAGAUUUUCCCUUGGUAUGAAUUCCCUGAUAUGUAAAACAGUUUGAGUCCACGGUGAAGUUCAUACACAUCCUACAUAUUUAUAAAUGUUUACUUCGGUACA